AUGUAUUCCUUGUUUCAAAAUAAUAUUGUUGUUCAUUUAAUCAAAUCAAAACAAACUAGUACAAUUAAUCUAUCGUCGUUGUCAUCAUUUUUCUAUCGAAAAAAUAUUUUAUUAUUAUUAAUCGUGACUUAUCUUGUUUUUGGAAGAGAAUGUAUUUAUAGUCAAGUAUUGAAUGAUCGAAUUAUCUAUGUUAAAAAAGGCGAUACUCUUGAAAUAUGUGAUAAUCGUUCAACAUCAAUUUAUGCUUAUGAAUAUAAAAGUUUAGAUAAUAGAAAAAGUUUAAUUAUUGAAACAGAGAGAAAUACACGUUAUACAAAUCCAUAUAAAACAAGUCUAUUACAAAUACACAAUGUAAUUGAAGAUGAUACCGGUUAUUAUAAAUGUCCAGAAGAUGAUACAGAAUGGAAACACGUACAAGUUUAUACACCAAUCAAAAACAUUUAUUUAGCAAAUUUAAACCCAUUGAGAGCACGUGAAACAACAAAUUGUCCUAACUGUUUAUCGAUGAUUGAUGGUGAAAGUUUGGAUGUUUAUUGUGGCGCAGAUGGUUAUCCAAAACCAGAAAUCGAUGUUUAUUUAGAUAAAAAUAGUACAUCACGUUUAGUAUUAUCUAUUGCUGGUGUUAAAAAGCCCGAUACAAUUAAUGAUCUAUUUAAACCAUCGUCCUACGAAGCUUAUCGUAUUGAACGAUUAACACCGGAAGACAAUGGACGUUGGUUAACAUGCGAAGCAGAUUUAACUAAAGCUGAAAAAACAAUUAAGAAAUUAAUUUCAAAACAAUUGUAUAUUGAAUUUCGACCUGUUUGCGCUGAAAAAUCAAAAAAAAUUUAUAGCGGUAUAAAUCAAACUCGAACAGUUAAUUGUACAGUAUUACGCGCUAAUCCAUCUUAUAUAACAUUCGAGAUAUCAAAUAGUUUACCAAAUUCAAUUAUACGUCGAAUUAAUAAUGAACAAAAUAAUGGUCUCUAUUAUGCAUUUGAAAUAACACCUACGAAUAUUGAACAAUUUCGUCCAUUUAAUGUCACAGCCAGAAAUUCUGUUGGCUUUGAUACUUGUACAUAUGAAUUGCUUCAUGGUGGCGUUCCUGAUGCAAUAAUAAAUUGUUCUACUGAAAUUCAAUUUAAUGUUACAAUUCAAAUAAAAUGUCAAAAAAGUUAUGCUCAGGGUGAUAUUGAUGGUUAUACAUGCGUAUUGUUUAAAUACAAACCAAAUGAAACACCAUUAUUUGAAGAAAUUGCACGAUCAAAAAGUUGUAUAUUUGCAUUUGAUUAUUUUUCUAAUCCAGCUGAAUAUCGUGUAUCAGCAUUCAAUAAAUAUGGCACAUUACCGGUUAGUACAUAUGGCUAUCCGGUUCAUUUGAAUAGAAGGGAGGUACCUAAACAGUCGCCAUUAUUGAGUAACAAAAUGGUUAUUAUUAUUGCAAGUGUAAUUGGUGGAAUUAUACUUUUGGUUCUGGUGUGUUGUUGUUGUGGAAACAAAUUAAAGUCAAACGAUCGAAAAUAUAAAGAAAAAUAUCCUCGCUCAUCAUCGGAGAGCGAACCUAUGAAACCAAAUUCUGAUGAUUCAAUUGCUACUUCUCAUUUAACACAAAAUGGAGCGGACAAAUCUUCACAUCUGAAUGGUUCUACUGUCUACGAUGUGCCCGGUUCAAUAACGAAAGAUCCAGCAUCAACACAACAAAUGUCCACAUCUCUCAGACAUUAUCAUCAACAGCAAAAUGGAAGUAUUCAUUAUAUUGAUAAUUCGUCAAAUAGUAGUCUUAACUCAUUACCUACACGCACACGAACAUUUGCAAAUAAAGUCUAUUCGAUUAACGACGGACUGGACAAUAAAUAUGGACCGUUGUCAGAAGAUUACAGUCGUCCUGAAGAAAUACUUGAAGUUGACGAAGAUUCACCUGUUUAUUCAACGACAACCGAUAUCAUGUCUGAAAGCGGUAGUUUUCUUGUAUCAUCGUCAAAAAAACGUGCUCCACCUCCUCCGAAACCACGAUAUUCCACAUUACGUAGUGUAAGAGGUAAUUUACCAUCGAUGACAAAUAAUAAUACAAUAGACGAUAAAACAUUACCAUUACCAAAGCCACGCUCGCGUUCAAACUCUCGUACACGUUUAAAUGGUGGUAAUGAUACACCAAAUUCGUCGUUUUAUGAUGAACGUCCGAUAUCAUCUAGUGAUUCUGGGGUCUGUGAUGUUAUAUGUUUGCCUAAUGGUGAGACCAUUCGAACCGGAAUCGUUAAAUCUAGACAACAAAAUUUACAAAAACAUUAUGCGUCACCUCACUAUAAACAAAUUCCACUACCACCGUCACAAAAAUCAUUAUCCGAUCACAAUACCUCUCCUUCAUUUAAUCAUCAAUCUUUACUUUCACCUAUUGUACGUGGUACGGAAUUAGGUCAACAACCAGAAAAAGAAAAUAAUGAUGGAUUCUCUCAAUUGAUUGAAACAAAAAAAGUUGAUAAUAAUACUGAAAAAGAAAAUAUUGUGAAUAAAAAGAGACAACAUGAUAAUGAAAAUGUCGAUGAUCAUUUAGCAUGUCUACAAAAAAAACGUUCAAAAACAGACUCGACAUUGAACAAUAAUCAGCCACAAGCUACCGAAACGAUUUCUCAUGUUUCAUUAGAAAAUGUGGCAACCACAGAUCUUGAUAAAACGUUAGAUGUAAAUACAAAUAUUACAACGCAUGUUCGUCAACGUAGUAAAACAACGUCUGACAUAGAACAUGAUAAAAUAAAGUGUUCUUAUUAUCAGAAUACAGCAGAUCGCCAUAGCGAACGAACAACUCGACGUCGAAGUUGUCUUUGUUCAAAAAAACCGCUCAAUGAAUUAUGUUGGCUGGAGAGAGGCAACGAUAUACUAGAAUUCCCAGUACCAGUUGAUAUUCAACAGUUGAUUUUAGUUAAUCAACCAGAACCAUCUUCUUCAGUCGAGAUAUCAGAUGUUGUGCCGGUAAUGUCAACUCUCAUAGAAACUCCGGCACCAGUUGUUAUUCAAACAGAAGAAAUUUCUACAAUGUUAGUAUACGAUUCUCUUGGAUGCGCAGCAAAUACUAUUAAUGAUACAAGUUUUGAGAAAAAAAUUGAAAAACUUCAACAAAAAGUUAUUAUUAAAGAUUCACGCAAAAAAUCACCCACCAUGGAAAAAAAUCGAUCAAAAGAACAUCGUGUUACAUUCCACGAUCAAGCAACAAUAAUUGAUGAUCAAACAAUUGAAAAUGUAAAAGAAAGAAAAAAUGAUCAAAUGACUCAGACAAAUGAAAUCAAUCAACGCUCAAUAAAGAUUCAAACUGAGCCAGUUACUGCUUGUUCAUCAACAAACACACAUGAAAUCCAAUAUGUUUCAUCCAUGACACAAACGUCAAAUAAUGAAAUUAAGAAACUUAAUCAGUCGACACAAGUAACACCACUUAUUGAAGAACAAGAACAACAGCACCAAUGUUGUCCCAAUGUAACAACAUGUCCUUGUGUUCAAAUGUAUGGGAAAACGGAACAAUUUCUUUUACAAACAUUUUCAGCAUUUUUCAACUGUAUGCCAACCACCACCACAACAACAUCAUCAAUAAUAAAUAAUCGUAAUCGAAAAACCAAACGUCGUUAUUUGAACCGUAGUCGUCGUUUAUCUGUCAUUACACGAAAUCAAGAAUAUGAACAACAGCCAAGAGAAGAGUCAGAUGUUAAUGCAAAUGAUAACGUUGAUGACGAUAUCAUUGUUCUUGGUACACAAUAUCAGAAUAUAUCUGUCAUAGAUACGUCAACAAUGGCUGAGAAUGAAAAUGAAAACCAAGAAAAUUUGUAUAGUACAUUCACAGUUUUAAAGGAAGAACCGUUGAUUGAACCGUUGACCACAAUUGAACCGUUGAUUGAAGAAGAGCAAGUAUUAGAUCUUAGUAUCGUACAUAAUACAACAAUGUUUGACCAGAAAGAUGAAAACCAUCCAGUACAACACAUUACAGAAUUAUCUUCAAUGGAAAUGGCAAUGUUGAUAAAAUCGCCAAUAUUAGAAAUUGAAGAAGAAGAAAAAAAACGAAAAAGAAUUGUAGUAACAUCCUCAUCACUGAGUGAUCAAGAAAAAUUAAUAUUCGAUGAAUUUGUCCAGUUAUUUAAUCUUCGUACAUCAUUCAGUGUUGAUGAAACAACAACUCAUUUAAUAACAGAAGAAGAAAAUGAAACGUUAACUUGUCCAUUAACUGGUAAAGUCAUUCAAGCGAUUUCUCGUCAUCUAUUUGUCGUCUCAUUCCGUUGGAUUGUACGAUGUUUACGUGAAAAACGUCUUGUCAGUGAAGAAGAGUAUGAAAUGCAUGGUGAUUAUACGUUGGAAAACAACCAUAAUGGUAUGAAAAAAUCACGUUUAAAUCCCGAACAUUUAUUAUUUGGUGAUUAUGCAUUCAUGCUAAAAUGUACUGGUUGCUCACCAUUCACCGAUAAUUUGCCAUUAAUUGAAAUGAUUAAACUAAGUGGUGGGGUUUUCAUUUCUAAUUUAACACAAGCAGUGGCAAAACGGAAAACCAUUGUUUUAUGUUCAGAGAAUUUUAUUCGUAAUAAACCGUCGUUAUUUGAAACAUGCCAAAAAGCAAAUGUACAUUGUUUGAAACCAGAAUGGUUAUUGAUAUCGAUAACAAAACAUGAAAUUCAACCAUAUAGUGAUCAUGAAAUUUUAAGAUAA